AUCAAUGUUGGCUAACUUGAUUGAUUCUGAUUCUGCUUUACCUCUCUGGUGUGGCUCAUUUGUUUGUAAACAGCUGAAGUUCCAUCGAAAUGUGGUAUGCCGCCGUCCUUUCCACACAUGCAAGUCAGGGACAAAUACCUGAGACAGAAAAACAUAUUCAGCGAAGGAGCUAAAGUCCUCUACAGAUGUGCUGAGGGCUACACUCAGUACAAAGGCAGUCGCUCUAUCAUGUGUGAAGCUGGAAAAUGGACAAGGUUAUCCAUGAAGUGUGGAAAGAAAAUGUGUGGAUCUGCUGGGGAGUUGUUCAAUGGACACUACGAUUACACAGGGGCUUCGUUCAGGGACAAGGCAUAUGCAGUGUGCAAUGAGGGGUUUACACUGAAGGGGAUGGAAUACAGAAUGUGUAAAGAGUCUGGCUGGAGUGGAGAGAUUCCCACUUGUGAAGUAGGAGGUAAACCACAAGUGGUUCCAGCAGAAGUGUUCUGCCCUGAUCCUUCUGUGGCCAACGGUGUGAAGCUGAGUGAGGCUGACUCAGUAUACAAGGUCGGAGACUCAGUGACCUUCACCUGCUCUGAGGGUUUCCUCCUGACUGGAGCCCAGCAGCUUACCUGUGGACCAGAUGGCCAGUGGCAGCCCCAGCCCCCACUCUGUCAGGCCUCUGAUAUAACUCAAAGCUCCAAGCCUGAUGGCAGAUGUAGAGUACCACCGUACCUCCCCAACGCACACCUUUCUGACCGCUAUAUAACACAGACAGACUUUGGUCCUGGUGAACGGGUCCGUUACAGUUGUGCCUUGGGAUACGGGAGAGCAAGAGGCACUUACUAUAGUACCUGUGUCAGUGGGAAGUGGACGCCAGUAACUCUGAGAUGUGAACGCAAAUCAUGUGGAUCUGCUGGAGAGAUCUCUUAUGGUGAUUUCAUUUAUACCGGUGUACAGUUUGGGGAUACAGCUACAGGGGUUUGUAAUGAGGGGUAUCAACUGGUUGGACGGGAUGUAAGAAAUUGCAUGAAUGAUGGCUGGGAUGGGCGUGUUCCGGUCUGUGAAGCUGUGCAGUGUGCUGAACUUCCUACGGUGGUAAAUGGAGAGACAAAUGGCUAUUUGGAACCACCUUACUUUUACAGCACUGUGAUUGGCUAUCGAUGUCGCGUAGGGAAACUGAUUGGAGCGAGAGAGAUCUACUGUACCAAAGAUGGGACCUGGAGUGAUCCACCUCCAGAGUGCCAAGGUUCCAAAUCCUUUUCAAGUCUAUAGCUUCUCCAGCUCCACUAUUUUGCAAUGUUUUUUAGCAAACUAGGAACACCCCUUAGGUGUUGAGA